AUGGGGUCAUUCUUAAAGGAUCCAACGUGGCCGGGAGAAGUUUUGGUCAACCUGAUUUUAAUGUUGUUUGCCCCUUGACUGACAAUCGACUUGAGAUCUCAAAACAUUCAAGUUGCCAUCACCAUCCCAGCCAAAGUGUAGAGGAGAACAUCGUCACCCAGCUUGGUAUCGGCGAAGCCAGCAGUAGACAGAGAUUUGAUCACAAAGAGAUCACAGUGAGGGACUCUCACCACGCCGCCAUCAUGGCCCCCGCCGACAAGAUCUCACUCGAGUUCAUCACCACCGGCAACGUCUGGAUGCACACCGAAAUGCAAGGCCAACCCAUUGAAAACCGCAACAUCGCCCUCCGCUUUCUCCGCUCCUUCACUGGCGACUGGAUCGGCCCCAUGCCCCUAGGCGCAUUCCUCAUUCAUCACCCAAAGGGCCCCAUCCUCUUCGACACGGGUGUCUCAACGCACUGCACCGAACCGGGCUACUUCCCCUGCUGGAACCCCGUGCCGGGCAUCCUCAACAAGCUGCAGGUCACAAAGGAGGAUGGCAUCGUCACGCAACUACGGAAACGCGGCAUCGAGCCGACGGAUCUCCAGUUCAUCAUCAUCAGCCACCUCCACCACGAUCACGCCGGCGGACUGGAGGUUCUUGCUGUUGAGGCACCUGAGGUGCCUAUCUAUGUCGGCGGAGAACACUGGGAUGCGUUUGGGAAGCAUCCUAUCUAUGCUGCUAUGCAAGGGUGCACGCCGGACCGGUGGCCCAAGGACUUUGAGCCGCGGAUUCUCGACUUUGAGGAGAAACGCACCGUGGGGCCGUGGGGCCGGUCGUGUGAGCUCGCGCCGGGCGGGACGGUCGUCGCGGUCGAUACGCCGGGCCACGUCCCAGGGCACAUCUCGUUGAUCGUGGUGGGGGAUAAUGACGAUGGGAGCAAGACGAAGUACUUGCUGACGGGAGAUGCGACGUAUGCAAUUAGUGUGUUGGACAAGGAGGAGCCGGAUGGUGCGAAUAGUGAUCCCGUGGCGGCUUUUGAGAGUUUGAAGAAGAUCAAGGCAUAUGCCAGGAACCACGACGUCGUGGUGCUGCCGAGUCACGAUCCGGAUACGCCGAGGCUGCUUAGGGAUAAGGUGGUCUACCGGCCGGGGAAGUAGACGGAUGCGAGGGCCGAAAGUCGAGUUAUGGUGCUUGUAGCGAGGAAACUAGAGCUAUCAUGGUCAUAAGUCAUACUCUCAAGUGUGAUACUCAACAGAACAGCAAUUGAGUGUAAGACCCGAUGGGAGAGACGACACUGCUUCGAUGGGGGACUCGUAAUACAGGAUGGGACAGGCACAAUGACAGACAGCGCCAAUCUACACGCAAUUAGUCACCAUCUCCACGAGCUUGAAACAAUCGAGACGGAUGAAGGUGGAUGUAUCGGCAGCGGGACAGCAAGCUUGGGCCGGUGGUUCACAACGACGAUCGAUCUGUGAGCGAAGUGGGGGAGAUGCGGCUGCAAAGGAUCGUCGGAGCUUACAUACUAGUAGACUUUCAUGCCUGCAUCACAGUACCCCGUCCAUGAUGCCCCUGAUGCUCUCACUAUAUCUCUGGGCACCAGCUGCUAUCACUAAGGUGCCUCGAUGACCACCCC